GCUAGCGCAGGGACCACUUCGUCUGAUAUGCCUGUAAGCGUGUAGGUAGUGCUCCCCACAAUAUGCAUCUACCGCAUCUCCCUACACUGAGGGGCAGCUCAGUGCUUAGGCAGGUCUGUAUGACGAAACUUGAGAACGACUGGAGCAGCUCACAGCCGCCACCAGCUAAGAAAGCUCCCAACUCGACUUCUCGUCCCUCAUUCAGCACCAAAGCUAUCCGAACUCUCCCAUCGUCAAGCAUUUCACACGAACGGCACUCCUCAUAAAGCACCUUAUUCUGGAUUUCCUUGACCCUGCCUAGCCAAGCAAAACGGUACAGACCACCGUUUCGAAGCCAACCAUUCGGUCGCUGAGCUCACGAUGCUUCUACGCGUGCGGUCGCCGGAUGGCAUGUUCCGCUUAACGGCGGAGAAAGACGACACGUUUGGCCACCUUAUGAGCCAGCUUACCCCGAAGCUCCCUGCCACCGUCGAUUCCAGGACCAUCACCCUGUCAAACCACCCGAGUGGCCGCGACUCGAAGAAUGUUAGCGAGAUUUCUAGGUUUAAGAUUGGCCAGGUUGGGUUAAGUCAUGGGGACCUCAUCUUCAUCAACUACCAACACCAAGAUGCCGUUACAAACGGGAAUGCAGAUGACGAAAUACCGUCGUCGUCAGCUCCUCUAUUGUCCUCCACAAAUCGACUGAACGGGAAACCUGUGCUGCCGACUGAAGACCACCCGAUAGAUCCACCUCCGGGCGCAUCAGCGGAACGAAUCAAGAACCCGUGGGAAGUUGUUCGGCAGUCUCCCUUGGAUGACCGGUUGGACAGGCGGGAUGGCAAGAUUCCGAGAAAAAGAGAUAAUAAGAUGUGCCGCCACGGGCCAAAGGGCAUGUGCGACUACUGCAUGCCUCUGGAUCCCUUCAACCCCCAGUAUCUAGAGGAGAAGAAGAUCAAGUACAUGUCGGUGCACGCCUACAUGCGCAAGGUCAACUCGGCCACCAACAAGCCCGAGCUUGGCGCCUCCUUCAUACCCCCGCUUGUCGAGCCCUAUUACCGGGUGAAGCGCAACUGCCCAUCGGGACACCCUGAGUGGCCGGAAGGUAUCUGCACAAAGUGCCAACCCAGUGCCAUCACCCUCCAACCCCAGCCGUUCCGCAUGGUGGACCAUGUCGAGUUCGCCUCGCCGCAGAUCGUCGACAAGUUUCUCGACGCCUGGCGCAGAACCGGCGCACAGCGCCUGGGCAUCCUUUACGGCAAAUACAUGGAGUACGACGUGGUGCCGCUGGGGAUCAAGGCUGUGGUGGAGGCUAUCUAUGAGCCACCGCAAAUCGACGAGGUUGAUGGCAUCUCGCUCAACCCAUGGGAGAACGAGCAGGAAGUCAAUCAGAUGGCGAAGUUCUGUGGCUUGGAACAGGUCGGCGUGAUAUGGACCGAUCUCCUGGACGCGGGCAACGGGGACGGUAGCGCUGUCUGCAAGCGGCACGCGGAUUCCUAUUUCCUCGCAUCGCAAGAGAUCGUCUUCGCUGCUCGAAUGCAAGCUCAACACCCCAAGCCGAGCAAGUGGAGUGAUACCGGGAGGUUCGGUUCCAAUUAUGUCACCUGUGUCAUCUCUGGAAACGAAAAAGGCGAGAUCUCCAUCUCGGCGUAUCAAAUGUCGAAUGACGCGGUCGAAAUGGUUAGGGCAGACAUCAUCGAGCCUUCGGUUGACCCUACGCAAAUGCUCGUUCGCGCGGAGGAAGAGGAUGACGGCUCGAUAAGCCGGACGCGGUAUAUCCCUGAGGUGUUCUAUCGCCGAAUCAAUGAAUAUGGAGCGAAUGUGCAAGAAAAUGCUAAGCCGGCAUUCCCGGUCGAAUAUCUUUUCGUCACCCUCACACACGGCUUCCCCGAGACACCAAAGCCAGUCUUCAAGGACAGCGGUUUCCCCAUCGAGAAUCGGGAAUACAUCGGAGAGGCGCAGGAGGUUUCCGCCGUUGCAAAGGCGUUGAGGGUGAACCAAAAGGAUGACAGCUUUCCCGUUUCCGAUUUUCACCUCCUCUGCUACAUCCACCAGAUGGGUGUACUAGCCAAGGAGGAAGAGGCCCUCCUAUGCAGGGUCGCCGCACACCACGACCUGGCCGAGUCUUUCCAGCUGCGAUCGACAACCGGGUGGCAGACGCUGCACAUGAUCCUGCAAUCCACUGGUGAGAGACUUUCCAAGCGUCCCCGACCCUCUGACGACGACCAGGGCGAUGGGGAUGAGGAGCAGUACGCCAGGUCGUCGUCAUCUCGCAGAGCUGAUUACAACGACGUCCGAGAACCCCUUGCUAAGCGUUUUGCUGCUGUCAGGCUGAACGAAGACCGCUCCUUCUCGCCGACGUAGGACGUUCACUAUCGGUGAAGAUGAUACGUGGCGCGGUGGCGCCGGGUAGGUGGCCGCCUCAAUCAGUGCGAUGACGGGCUGCGGUGGAUCAAAUUGAUGAUGGGGGUACCGCGGCAGGAGUUCUGGCUGCAUCGGGGUUCAUAGAAGAGAAGGAGACCGGUGGCUUCCUGCUUCGCUUUGGCUGAUGUUUUGGGUGCAUUUAACAAGACGUGGAUGGUGAUACUAGUAGUUAAGAACACGAAUCAGCCAAGGUCGGGUCUUAUAACACAGAGGCAAAACCCGUUUCGCCAUCAUAGAUUGCCUCACUUGUUGAGGCGGUGCAUGAUGGAGGUGACGGUGGAACCCUGUGGAUGGCUCAUCGAUUAUACACUAUCCAUCUAUUAUCGCCGUGCAUACAUUCCUCUCUGAGCUACAGAACAAUGUCAAAGCAUUGGGUGUAUCAUAUGGCUAGAGCACCUAGUAAAAGACUCGAUCCAGGAACGAUCAAUGGAAC